AUGUUUAUCGUUUAUUUUAUUGCAAUUGUUUUUAUUACUGUUGCCAAUUGCGAUCAAUCAACACAUGUAUUAGAUCAAGAUGAUGUUUUUACUGUUAAUAUUACAAUGAGAAAUUUCGAAACAACAAAGGAAGAUCAAUAUAUGUAUAUUCAAUAUAAAAUACCUGAUGAAGAAUUAUUCAUUAUCGGAUUUCUUCCAUUAACGAAUUUAACUAUUGCUCAUCAUGUGGUUACAUUUGCUUGUUCUACACCGUAUUCAAAUGAAUCAUUUUGGAUUGGAAAUAAACCAUGUAAUGGUCCAACAGUGAUUCUUCAUGAUUGGUCUUAUAAUAUACCUACAUUAGCAUUGUUACCAAAAGAUGUUGGCAUUGCUGUUGGACGUAAUACUCCAAAUAAAUAUAUUGUAGUGAAUGUUCAUUAUUUAUUAAUUCUCAAAGGAGAUAACUCUGGACUUCAAUUAGUUAUGACUCGAAAACCAUGUAAAUAUCAUGCAAAUACUUUAUUAAGUGGUUCAAGUGAUAUCAAAUUGCAACCAAAUACACAAACUAUUCAAGUUCCUUUUUCGUGUAGUUACAGGGGACAACCCGUUUCUUUUUUUGCUGCUGCUGUUCAUACUCAUAUGUGGGGACGAGUAAAUUCAUUAUAUCGAGUACGUAAUGGAAAUGUUACAUUGAUUGUCAAAAAUUCUCCAAAAAUAAGUCAAGCAUUCAAUUUACUUCCAUCACCGAUUGAUAUUCAAAGUGGUGAUUAUUUAAUUGGUCAAUGUGUAUAUGAUAAUAACGAUGAUCGAGUUAUUGUCGUUGGAGAUACACAUAAUGAUGAAAUGUGUAAUAUUUAUGUCAUGUAUUCAUACAUACCAGAAAAUAUAACAAGUAAUCAACAAACCGUCUAUCGACCUCCAUUUCCAACAUGUUGGAAUAAUCUAGUCCCAAAUAUGACAAAGCUUAUUCCAGCAGACAGUGUAAUUUUUCCACCUAUACCAGAUGAAGAUCAAACUGAUGUGUAUGAAUCAACAUCAUCUCCGACUACUACUGUAGAAGUACUUAGAUCUUCAACGAUUAAAAAUAUAGACAAUUUUACUUUCGCUGAUAUUCCAAAACAAACAACUACUAAACAAUUUUCAUUUCAUCAUGAUACAUUAGUUAUUGUGUGGACUUCAUUGAUCAUUAUUCUUAUUUUAUUUGUCAUGCUUUGUUAUAUUCUUUAUAUACGAAAUAGACGUCAAGUUACUCGUUUCAAUUUAUACGCAAUUGAUGUAGACAAUAGUGAUACUUCUAAUGAUUCCAUGUUUACUAAUUGGACAAAUCGUCAGAACAAAUUCAAAAGAUUAGAAUUCGACAUCGAUGAAGAAAAUCCAUCGUCAUAUUGA